GGCUGGGCCUCUGCGGAUCCGGGUCUUUUGCAGGGGAGGGUGGGGCUCCUGCAGCGGGGGGGCUGUGGGACCCUGCCCACGGGACGCUGUGCCCUGGUUUGUUGCCGGAGUGCAGAAACAAUGCUGUGGAAAGGAGCUGCCUAACCUUCCACAAUGCCCCUUUCUGACUUUGUCUUAGCACUGAAGGACAAUCCAUAUUUUGGGGCUGGGUUUGGCCUUGUUGGUGUGGGCACAGUCCUGGCAGCAGCCCGUAAGGGAGCCCAGUUUGGGCUGGUGGCUUUCAGGCGCCACUAUAUGAUCACCUUGGAGGUGCCCAGCAAGGAUAAGAGCUACCAAUGGUUGCUGAACUGGGUCUCCCACCACGCCAAGCAUACACAGCAUCUCAGUGUUGAGACCUCGUACCUGCAGCAUGAAAGUGGGCGUGUCAGCACCAAGUUCGACUUUGUCCCCAGCCUCGGGAAUCAUUUCAUCUGGUACCGCAGGAAGUGGAUUCGCAUCGAGCGCAGCCGGGAGACGCAGAUGCUUGACCUGAACACAGGGACCCCCUGGGAGUCUGUCACCUUCACUGCACUGGGCACUGACCGAGAGAUCUUCUUCAAUAUCCUUCAGGAAGCCCGGGAGCUGGCACUGCAGCAGCAGGAGGGGAGGACAAUCAUGUACACAGCCGUGGGAGCAGAGUGGCGUCAGUUCGGCUUCCCCCGCCGCCGCCGGCCCCUCAGCUCCGUGGUGCUGGAGGAAGGCGUGUCAGAGAGGCUGGUUCAGGACGUGAAGGAGUUCAUCAACAACCCCAAGUGGUACAGUGAAAGAGGAAUCCCCUACCGAAGAGGCUACCUGCUUUAUGGUCCUCCUGGAUGUGGGAAAAGCAGCUUCAUCACAGCCCUGGCUGGGGAACUGGAGUACAGUAUCUGCCUGCUGAGCCUCAGUGACCACAGCCUCUCUGAUGACCGGCUCAAUCACCUCCUGAGUGUAGCACCACAGCAGAGCAUCAUCCUGCUGGAGGAUGUCGAUGCUGCCUUCGUCAGCCGGGACCUUGCUGCUGAGAACCCAGCUGUGUACCAAGGCAUGGGCCGCCUGACCUUCAGUGGUCUCCUCAACGCGCUCGAUGGUGUGGCCUCCACAGAAGCCAGGAUUGUCUUCAUGACCACCAACUAUGUAGACAGGCUGGACCCAGCCCUGGUGCGUCCUGGCCGUGUGGAUCUGAAGCAGUAUGUGGGCCAUUGCUCCCGCUGGCAGCUCGCCUGCAUGUUCCAGCGCUUCUACCCCGAGCAGCCCCCGGCUGCAGCCCAGCAGUUUGCGGAGCAGGCGCUGGCCGUCUCCAAACACAUCAGCGCUGCCCAGGUGCAAGGCCACUUCAUGCUUUACAAGACAGACCCUGAAGGAGCCACUAAAAACAUAAGCUCCAGCCUGCUGUGACCAGGGGCCAGCUUUCCCUUGUGACACUGAGAGGACUGGGACAAAGAUCUGACCAUCCUGGAGAUGCCAUGAAGCUGCCCACCUGCACAGGCCAGGUCUCUGUUCAUCUCUACCUCUCCUAUGCCUUGGUUUUGGAGAGUCAGAACUGCCAGCCUCACAGCAAGGGAGGAAAUCUGGCUCUUGCUGCUCCCCAGACUUGGAUGCUACUGCACCAGCCCUGCUCACCAGUGUGUGCCUCAUGUUGGGAUUGCUGUAAGCUACCAAGGCUCAUGGUGUGAAUCCUCUUCCUUGUGGUUCAGCCUGGAGGUGCCCCAGAAGGGCAUUUCCUUCAGGCAGGACAUUGGGGUUCUACACUGCAAAAAGCAUCUGUUUUUUUUAAAGGACAGUGGUCUCACUGGUUUGUGAAUAUCCUCUGUGAAGUGCACAACACA